UAUGACAUCAACCCACAAUGCACCGCACUGUUUGCCGUUUACUCUGCGUCUCCGCGGCGACAGCGACGAGUGCGGCCCCUUUAUGCAAACGAAACCGGAAGAGGACGUCAUCUUUGGCCAAUCUCAGCGCUCUAAAGUGACAUAAUGGAAUUUUUAGGGAUAGAAAACUUGCAAAUGCGUACUGACGCCCAUAGAUAACACCCCUCGAGGAGAGAAGCAAGGAUAUCAUAAAACAAUAUCAUAAAUCGAUUAAAAAAAAAACAAACGUUCGCGGCAAGAAUUAAGAAUAUUAAAGAUCAUCUAAAUGACUCGUUUGGACAGCCGACCCAGCUCAGCCCUCAGUCGGGUGUAGGAUGGGAACAAGCCUUUACCCAGACGAGGACAUACGAGGAAUAUCACGCAUUAUGAUGAAGAAAGACAUGAGUUUGAACCUAAACGACCAGAACAGCUCCAACCUCAAGCCAGAUCUGAGGGAUGCUGAAGGGAUUCUCAAUUCACCCGACAUGGGGCUCCUCAAGCUGGCUUCUCCGGAGCUGGAGAGGCUGAUCAUCCAAGCCAACGGGAUGGUGACCACCACGCCGACCUCCCAGUUCGUCUACCCGAAGUCGGUGAGCGACGAGCAGGAGUUCGCGGAGGGCUUCGUCAAAGCCCUGGAGGACCUUCACAAGCAGAACCAGCUGAGCGGCGGCGCGUGCGUCCCUCCGACGCUCAACAGACUCGCCAGCAGCACCGCGCUCGCCUUGCCCACGGAUCUGCCCGUGUAUACGAACUUGAGCGCGUACGGGAGUACCACGGUGAACUAUUCCACGGACACCAUUCCGUUCCCUCCGCCGCCGCCGCCGGCGCUAAGAGACGAGCCGCAGACCGUUCCAGACAUGCAGAUCUUCGGCGACAGUCCUCCGCUCUCCCCCAUCGACAUGGACACGCAGGAGCGCAUCAAGGCCGAGAGGAAGAAGCUGCGCAACCGCAUCGCCGCCUCCAAAUGCCGCAAGCGGAAACUAGAGCGGAUAUCCCGGCGCCAAUCCAAACUGUAUGCUAAUUGUCAAUCAUCUUUGACGAUAGUGGUCCUGACAGAACUUGUAUUUAAGCACUACUGGAACGCUGAAUUGACCAAUCAUCAAUCAUUUAAUAUUUUUUAUAUUGGCCUAUACAACAGUUAGUUCUCUUACACUAGUUUAAUGGCGCAAGCAGUAUUUCUAAACACUGUAUCACUAGCUUGUUGACAGCUUCUUCUGGAACUGUUUUCUUUGGCAGAACAACAGCAAAAUGACUGGCUAUAUAAUGUCAGUUACUCAAUAUGAAUGGCUGUAUAAAAGCAAUAUCACAUAUCAUAUUGCUUAAAUACAUGUACGAGUGCAUCAAAACCCGCAGUGUUGGUGAUGAAGUGAAUUCAUAUCAGCUGUCUGUGUGCUGAAACAUUAUUCUGAGCUCAACGACCCAUUCACUGAUGCAUAAAGGUCACAGACUGAUCUCUCCCUUCCAGUGGCCGUUCGUUCUGGUUGGACUGUUGAAAUGGACACUACAGGUGCUGAUGUAUUAUAUGUUUACAAUAUUUUGUAGCAAACGGACUGUGUGCUACAUGGUUUGAUCUCAUGAGAGAAGCAGCUGUAUUUUGCAUGCUCCAGACAAGCUCCAAAUGAGUGCAACCAAACACAACAAAGAUGUCAUGCAUGUAUGCUUCAUGUCCAAGGCCUUAUUAAUCAACGACUGUAUCCAUUUUAUAUACAACUACUCACACAAUGUCUUAUUUUAUGCUCUUUUGGAUUUACGUGUGUCGUGUUGUAAAUGUAAACGUUUCACCUGUCACACGUCCUGUACUGCCUUGUGUGUACAUUAAUGUCAUUAAACCUGUUCAAUUCACCUGUUAAA